AUGGUCCUCCUACUACUACUCCGAAAUUCACCAUGGGAGCUUAUAACUCAUCGGACUUCAGUGCGGCGUUUUGCUGGUAGGGUUAAUAAGAAAUACCAGAAGGUGAAAAAGAAGGCCCCGCGUUAUAUCAAACCGGAGGUCUGUCGCCAAGAUGGCGAUUUCCCAGUAGUAGAUACUGUACCGGCCCUACAGGAUAGACAGUUGAAGCCUCAUUAUUACCGACCGAAGGCAGUGGAACGUCGAGGGAAGAGCCCUCUAGUGCAUGCUAAAGAAGCUAAAGGUACAGUAGCGCCACGAAUACCCAAGUUGAGACGAUUGCCGAAUCCUUUCGAGCCGCUGCAAAAAAAUCCUAAAGGGUGGAGUGCAGAUUAUUACGCAAAGUACUUUAAGGAUCGGGAAAGAGGCUUGGAUGGUAACAAGAAUCUGGUUAACAAGAUAAUAGCUGAGCACGCGGACAAGUUGGGCACGCCUUCAGAAAACGGCGAAGAUAGUGCCGAUUUUGAAAGGAAGAAAUUGAAGAGAAAGAAACUCGUGCGUGCCAGAGAUUACUGGUACGAAAAGGAUUAUCGUUCUUCUGACCCUCUGGCGGUUCCAUUUAUGUGUACGAAGGAGCUCAAGCGGAACAUGCUCAACGAGGCAGGGUUACGUUUAGCCUUGAGGAAUGAUAUUCUUCAGAGUUUGAUAACAAUGGGGAAAAUGUUGCUAAUGUGA